CUUUUUCUAUUUCUAUUUAAACUAUUUUAUCGUCGUAAUUUUGAUCUAAUUGUUUUCCUUUGAACAUUCGCUUUUCGGCUUGAAGACUAUUUUUUCUUUUCUCUUUCGAUUCCGUUAUUUUUUCUUUUUUCUUUUUGUCACUUGUUUUCUAUUCUUUUCUAUGUGUUUAUUGUAUCAUUUUGAUCUCAUUUUAGAGAUUAUUUCAAUUAGAGCAUCAAUAAUAAUAGCAGAUUAAUCUGGUUGGAUGAGCAUUUUUGGUAAUCUGGUUGAAAAUUCAUCAUCUUUGGAAUCACAUUUUUUUCAUGUCUAUUGAACUUUCAAUAGUAUAAAUCAAAUUGUCGGUAAUUUUGUUUUUCUACCAAAUACAUUUCUCUUUGCUGGUCAAAAUUACUCUGCUCAAUUUCAAUUCCUGACUGAAUUACUAUUUACUCUUUCUGUGUACUACGAAAUGUUUAUUUCACCUUUUCUCAUUACAAAGAAAAACAAUCGACUAACAAACAAACCCAACAAACCAAUAAGGAUUAUAAUCAACAUAACGUUUUACCAUUUGUGUGAAAAACAAUUCAAAUGACUUCACCCACAAGAAAAAACUCAUACACCAUGAGAAACAUGGUGAACAUUUAAUUCAACAAUUGAAGAAAAAGUGAAAAUCAAGUUUCCAUUUCAUUUCAAGUGAAUCUUAAGAUUAUAUCUCUCAUCGUGUCUAUAAAAUAUUUCACAAUAAAAUAUAAUAAAAACACAAGAACGAUGUUGAAGAAAAGAGAUAAAUUCAAAUCAUCUCACAAUUUAGCCCAAUCAAUGGUUAAAACAUAAACCUCUACAACUAUACAAUCCACAAGAAACAAUAGUAAACAACAUUUAUUAUUCAAAUGAGAAUUAAAUUAAUUUGUAAUCAAUGUUAUUUUCCGAGAGAAAAAGAAAAAACAAAAAAAAGAACAAUUUGUUUUUCCAUUCAAUUUAAGCGCCAAAAGGAAAAUGAUAAGAGAGAGAAGGCGGGAUCUCUUUCUUUCUUUUCUUUCUUUCUAGUGAUCAUCUUUUCCUUUCUCGUACCAAUUUUUGAAUGUUGUGUUUUCUUUUUUAACUUUGAAUUAAUUUGAUUCAAUGGAGACAAUUAAUUUUUCUAAUGACGAUCGGUUCCUAGGUUAAUUCCUGGUUAACCUUGGUUCAUGUCUCCUCAAGAUAACAGGGCAAAGGGCAACAUGGAUGAACCGGAUAAAAGUGAAAAUGAUGGUAACCCUUCAAGUAAUGGUGACAACAAGGUUAUCCAUGUUAAACCUGAUCUCUUCAAAGGUGUUCAAUUUUGCAUUUGUGAUGAUGUUGAUGCUGCUGAAGAGGUCAAAAAAAUUCUGGUUGAAGGAGGUGGUAAACUUGUAAAUUAUCUCUCUGAUAUUGCCACUCAUUUGAUUGCCAAUAAUCCGGACCAUCAGGAUGUAUGUCAAGCUGUAGAAAUAUAUGAAAAACCUGUGGUUACUAGUCGUUGGGUCUGGUUAAGCGGUAAAGCAGGAUGUCUUCUUCCGACUGCUGCUUUCUCUCCUCUCAAGAACAGACUGAUGUCUAAUAUUAUUGUCUGUCCCUCUAACCUUUCACGGGAAGAUCUUGACUCUAUUUGGAGUAUGGUUACAUACCAUGGUGGAUCAUUUCAAAUUGAUUUAGACUCGAAGUGUACUCAUCUGAUUUCUUGUAAAACUGAAGGGAUCAAAUAUGAAAAAGCUUUGUCCAUGGGUGAUAAGAUUAAAAUUGUUACUCCUGAUUGGAUUGUUGACAGUAUUAAAGGUAAAAGGUUAUAUGAGGAGGGGUUAUAUCAUCCUAAACUUAUCAUAACACCGGAUUACAAGUCCGAAUUAAAGACUGAAACCUCUAUAAUACCUGUAUCAAUUCAAGAAACGAUGACUAUUACUCCAACAUCCACCAUGGAACAAAAUAACAUCAUGUCAACUUGUACAUCAACAACUCAAGUCACUUUAAGAACUGUCUCUCUGCCUCCUUCUACCAUGAUUACCAGUGUCUCUGCUCCCCCUGGGCCCAUGCAACAAGCUAGACCAUUAAGAGUUUUGGUGCCUUCUCAAAACCAAGAAAUGACUCCCGCUGUACCACAACAAAGUGGUCAACCUCGCCAAGUUUACUUGGCCCUCCAACAACCACAAAUACGACAACAACAAGUUAAUUUUGUUCAGGUUCGUCAACAUACACCCCGAGGACAGGCCAAUGAGGGUGUUCAAAUGCCGGUUAAACCAAUUAUUUUACAACAAAGAAUCCAGCCACCAGCCUUACAACAAGUUCAACCUCAGCCUCAGCCUCAACAACAACAACAACAACAACAACAACAACAACAACAACAACAACAGCAGCAGCAACAACCACAACAGUCUCCUCAGUUACAAAUACAUCAACAAAACCAUCAAUCUGUCCACCAGAUUCAAUCAUCUCAGCAGCAAAUCCAUCAACAACAAACACAAGUACAACACCCUCCUCAGCUUCAACAUUUACAGCAUCCUCAACAUCCUCAGCAGCAAUUACAACUCCCUCAACAGCAAUAUCAACAACAACAGCAACAGCAACACAUCCAACAACAUUAUCCUCCAUUGAAAGAUGGGCAAACAGCGAUCGUGCAUUCCUCUUUUGUUCAGAAUCAACAGCAAGCUCUUCAUCCUCAACAACAAAUCCAACAGCCCCACCAACCCCAGCAACAAUUACAACAGCUUCAACAUUCUCAUUCACAAAUCCCACAUCAAAUGCAACAACAACAGCAGCAACAACAGCAACAAUCACAGCAGCAGCAACAACAACAAUUUGCCCAGAUUCAACAACAGCCUCACUUGAAACAGCAAUAUAUUCAGAAUCAACAAUAUCACUUACAAAACCAACAACCUAUUCAAAAUCAAGCGCAACAACAACCCAAUCAGAUUGCAUUUAAAAUGGUUGGACCACCAAACUAUCCUGGUCCCACAGGCAUGGUCUCACCUGGAGUUCAAUAUGUUAAUACCUUAAAUCAGAAUCAAACCGUCCAAGACCCUAAUCAACAAAUUCGCUUUGUACAAGGUCAACAAAUGAUUCAGGUACAAAGACAAGUAGCUCCUAUGCAACAACAACCGCAACAAAGGCCUCCUCACAUGCAACAACUACAACCUGGUCAGCAAAUGAUGCGAGGGCCCAUUCAACAAACUCAAGUUUUCGCUUCACCAUCAAACAAUCAAGAUAGUUUAAUGCAGGAUAUGCAACAAUCAAACUCUGUUCGAAUGGUUCAAAAUCAACAAUUCAUUGAGAUCCAAAGGCACAAUGCACCACCACAAAUGGUCAAUAUUAGCCAACACAAUGGACCUCAUUUAAUCAGAACAGGUUCACAGCAACAGAUUGUAUACCAACAACACCUUGGGCAACCUCAUCAAAGGCCAGUUAUGCAAGGAGUACAACAAGUUAUGCAACCUGGGGCACCAAUUUACAAUCAACAAGGGCAACAAGUUGCUAUUGGACCAUCACAAGUCCAGAGAGUACCCCAAUUGCGAAUGCAACCAAACUUUCAGCAAAUGCCCAGAGGUCAAUUUCGAGGAGCAGUUCAAACUCAACAAAUUGUUGCUGGUGGUCCACCACGAACUCUUAUUAGACAAGGUAUUCCAGUUCAGGGUCAAUUGAUACAAAGACAAGGUCCACCUCAAGUUCAAUACUCACAUUUUCAACAAGCUCCUCAAAUGGUUGGAGUACAACAACAGCAGCAGCAUCAACAACAACAAGCAGCUACACCGCAACAGUUACAUGAUCAACAACAUGUUAUUCCAACUCAAAUUCCCUCUCAACAUCCAGUACAACCUCCUCCUCCUGAACAUUCUGGAGUACAGUUGGAACCUCAUUCCGUACAAAAACCUAACCAGACAUUAAUUCGUGGUCAAGGUGGACCCAAUUGGAAUCAACAAUGGGCUCCUACUCCAGAAAGUCCAAUGAUUCCAAGCCAACAACGUCCAUUAAUUAGAUCUCCGUCCAAUAAUCUACUCACCGCUCAACAAAAUGGUCCAGGCACACCACAGAUAUUACAUACUCCUCAGCAUGAUGGAGCUAGGAAACAGUUACCCUUUGGAAACCAACAUCACCCUGUCCGUAUCAUGCAGACCAUUGGUCAACGUUUCCCUGUAGCUAAUCAGGCGAGUGAACAAUUGAAACAAACUGCAGCUUUAGCUUCAUCCCUUAGCAAUAUGUUACCCAAUGGAGAACUCAUUCCUUCUGGUCCACCUCCGAUAGAGCAGCUACCGGAAAGACUGUUUGGUCAUGAACCUCGAAUACUAGUUCCUCCAUCUUUUUGUUUAGCUGGUUGUGUUUUCUUUUUUCUAGAAGCAGAGAAAAAUAUCUGCACUGUAAGUGAUGAACGCAUGGAAAGUUGUAAAAAAAUAGUUCACAAAUAUGGAGGGGAGAUGGAAAAAGUGUAUACAGAGAAAUGUACCCAUGUAAUAUGUGAAACCCAACAGAAUCCGGUGGUACAACAGGCAUUAAAAGAAGGUAAAAGAUGUGUCACAUUGUUCUGGUUAAAUGAUGUUAUCCUUGAGGGUAAAAUGAGACCACCUUAUAAGAUUUGGCAUUUGCCUCGAGCGUUUGAUGGAGAUUUUCUUCCAUGUAGAGAUCAUAUCAUUACGUUGACCAAUUUUGAAGGGAACGAGAGAGUAUUUGUUAAAGAGUUGAUUAAAGUUACAGGUGCUCAAUAUACCAAUUACCUCAACCAUAAAAAUACAAUUUUAAUCUGUAAAAGGCUCGAGGGCUCCAAAUUUAGAAAGGCUCUCCAAUGGGACAUGCCAGUCGUUAAUUUAACAUGGUUACAAGAUAUUCUGUUUGGCCAUCAUAACCAAGCUUUAAGUGCAUUGCAUAAAUCUCAAAGAUAUACCAAGUUCGAGUCAAAAGAUUGUUGUGAAAUAGAUUAUAAUUUAGUCAAGCCAUUACUGGCUAGUUGGAAAGUGCCAUUAAAAGUUCCAGAAGAUCUGCCUCGAAGGAUAAUGGCUUUGAAGGAAGAAGAUAUAAGAAAAAAGCCUUCACCUCCUCCAACUCAACCAUCUCCUGUACAAACACCAACAUCAUCGGUACUGCCUUCUCUCCCCCCACCACCACCACCACCUCCUCCAUCAACAACAUCAACUACUCAAAUACAACCACCACCAUCUCCUUCUACUUUGCAACAACAACCACCCCCACAGCUCCCACUUCAACAGCAACAACAACCUCAACCACCACCAACUUUACCACCUUUGGCUUCAACUUUAACAGUCGAUUCAAUGGAAGUUGAUCAAAUCCCAGAUGCACCUAAACCUGUACCAACUUUAAUUGCAAAAAAACCAGAAAACACUGUUUCUUCAUUAGCAAAUUUAGACAUUAAUGAUAACAAAGAUUGUUUAUCAAAUGAACCAACUAUGAAAAAAGUGAAAUUAGAGCCAUCCAAUGAAGGAUCAACUAAUGAAAAUUUGACAGGAAAUUUGCCACCACCACCUCCCCUGAUGGUAGCACCUUUCGCCAAUGCUAGUCCUGAUAGAGCUGCUGUUAAAGUGAUGUUCACCGGUUUUAAUGAUGUUACUUUAUUAAGUGAACUAAAAGAGUACGCAAAGAAACUUGGAUUAACAUUAACCAAUGAAUUUAACAAAUGCACCCACCUUAUUGUAAAUAGAAUUGCGAGGACAUCUAAAUUCAUGUGUGCCUUCAAUUACGCGGACCAUAUAUUAACUUCUGAUUGGAUUGUUGAUAGUUUUAAACGCUCUCAUUUACUUGACGAAAGUCAAUAUAUUUUAUCUGAUCCCAAAGGUGAACAUUUAUAUGGUUUUGAUCUCAAAGAAUCAUUAGCACGACGAAAAGCCCGGAAAACGCCGCUUUUUAAAGAUCAUGUUUUUUACAUUACCCGAUCUUGUCUACCUUCAUUUAAGAUAUUAAAAGAGAUCGCUGAAAGUGCCGGAGCAAUGGUUACCAAGAAAGGACCUUCACCUAAACAGUUGCAUGCACUUAAAAAGCGUCGUAACGAUAUAAUUUUUGCAGUUAUCACGAAAGAAGAAGACCUUCAUACUUGUGACUUAUUCUUUGAAAAAGAAACUCCGGUUCUCAACUCAGAAUUCAUAUUACACAGCCUAUUAAGACAAGAGAUCGAAUAUGAGCCAUACACUUUCAAGUCUCCAUAAUUAUAUUUUUUUCUUCAUCUUUCUUUUCUCCCUCUGUCCAUCUCCAUCUCUUUCUCUCUCCCUCUUUCUCUCUCCCUUUCUCACUCCUUCUCCUCUCUUCAAUAUCAAUUUUCUUAUAAGUAUUUUGUUUUAACGAUGAUUUUUUUUUCUUCAUGCCAUUUCAAAGACAUUGAAUCAGUCUUUAUUUAUCAUUUGUUCAUCGUCAUCAAAAGCAAAGAUUAUUACUAAAACAAACUAAUCAAUGCAAAAGAAAUAAAAUUUCUUUCUCUUUAUCAUAAUCAA